UUCAGUUUUUCGGAUUCAUUUCGUUUGAAAUGAGGGCUGUUUAUUCUUUUCGGUUUAUAUUAUUGGCUUUGCUACUAAUUCAUUUGGGAUCAGCUGAAUUAUUGGAUUUCAAUUGCGUGAAUCAGAAAAACACUAACCCGAGAAUUUUUAAACGUAUUCCUUGGCUGGCCUUUAUUGAAUCACCCACAAAAAACUGUAGCGGAGCGCUUAUAAGUAAAAGUCAUGUCAUAACAUCAGCUAGCUGCAUAUUUGAUCAAAGGGACAGUAAAGUUUGGCUUAGAAAAUCUAGGAAAGACAUCGAAAAACACACGGUCCAAAUGGCCUACAAACACCAGUCUUACAACAGAAACACUUUUGAAAAUGAUAUUGCUAUACUUGUACUAGAAAGUCCAAGCCGGAUACGGCCAAUAUGCAUCUGGUUGAAUAUACCAAUGCAAUUCAGAGACUGGAAGAACUUAAAAGCCAGCCGCUGGGUUUCAGCUAAGGGAAAAAAGGUUUCGCGUAAAAACGAUAUCUUCAUGCUUAGUCAAAAAAAGUGCUACGAUGCCUUCGGUAAGACUGUCCAAAAAUCUCAGAUUUGCGCUGGUUUUAAAAGCAGGAAAAAAUGUGCUGGAUCAGGAAGUCCUUUGGUCGGCGAAAUAUUAGUUUCGGGAAAAACUAGUAACCUAUUAGUCGGACUUCAAAGCUAUGGCGCUUUGAGUACUUGUGUAUAUUCCGAGAUCAAUAGCUAUAUUGACUGGAUUGUGGGAGUUGUGCUGGACGUAGAUGUCAUAGUAUCAAAUUUUAAUAAUUUGGAAAACCUAUAAAUAAAAACCAAUAAAUAAAAAACA